AUGACAAGAAGCAACGACAGAGUUGGGAGUUUGCCUAUAAAAGAAGCUAAUGACAUAGCCCGAAAGUUAACUCAGUACCACCACAUCGAUCUUACACUCCCCUAUCGUUGUGAAGAGGAUGCAGCAAGCGCGACCAAGUGGAUCGCUACUUUUGACGAAGAUGAUAUAGUCAUUCAGAGAAAAUUGUGUUUGAUAUGCAGACGAAAUCCAAUGGAUGCCUUUUUCAAAACACAUGUUGCUCAGAACCAUCCGGAAUAUUCUCCUGAAACAUCUGAAAUUAUGAGACGACUGAGUGACGUCAGAUAUUCACGAUUCUGUCAAAAAGGUCAUAUUUCUUGCGACAUAAUCCAGGAGUCGUUCCCCUCGAUUUCACUGGUCGAAUUAAUCAAUUUUCUUGCUAGUCUUGGUUUCACAUUAUGUCGGAAACAGUCUUCACAACUGAAACCUAUUGAUUUUGACAAGAAAUUUGAAGAACCCGAUAUUCGUGGAGUUAGAAAAUCAAUUGCCCUGGAGGUUAUCAAAAGAAUCAAGAGCCCAACUAUUCAGUUUCUAGAAGAACUCCAGUUCAGUGCUGAAGUUGUUUCGAAUUCUCGAAUGAUGGAUCCAUCGACUCAAACUACUGUUCAUUGCCAUGUUUGUGAUAAAAUAUGCAAUCUGAAAAAUUUCAAGAGGCAUAUGGAAGUUCAUAAAAAUAAUUGGGUGGAGAGGUUUUCGGAUAUUUCUCUAAGUGAAGCAACAGAGAUCUUCAAAAGAAUAACAGAUGUACGCACCGCUCUUUACUAUGCAGCUCAGCCUGUUCGAAAUACAAUGAUUGUGAAAUUGAGUGAAGACGUGGCAGUUCAAAAUAAACUCACCUAUUUUCUUCUCGAUUCUGGAUUCGUCGUAGAAGAUUCAAGUGUUGAAACAACUCGUCAUCCUACUGAAAGCAUAAAAGAGAAGAUUGUAGCUCUAGAUCCCAAUUCUAGAGAUAUGCCAUCUCUGCUGAAGUAUGGAAUGGAAGAGAACAAUCUCAAAGAACAAGAAGAAGCAGAACGUGACACACCAGAUCUUCCCAGUCUUGAAGUAUUCGAAUCCGAGGAAUCGGAAAGCGGAAGUUCCUUAAAAAGCGAAUACGGGAGUAGUAGAAGAAGAUCAAGUAGUGUGACUAGCGGAAAUAGUUCUACCUCUACGAGUUCUUCACGAUCCGGAAUCAAUAUAAGUCCAAGCAGCAGUCCAUCGGAAGAACCAUUUCCUUAUUGUAUUCUGAACGCUAUCCCGGAGCAUCUCGAAGUCGAACAUGCACUCUACGAUCUUCUGGAAGCGAUGACUGAUGAUCCGACGUUUCAGCUGACCCAAGCCCAAUAUGGGUUUCUACUCGGGUACACCAUGUACUGUCUCGUUGUGUCAAAUGGAUCCAAGCAUAAUGUAAUAUCAAGAUUAACACUGGGCGAUUUCCGUGCGGCAAAAGUUGAUGAACAAUCAGGAUUACACUAUUUCUCAUUCUCUACAAAAACUACUUGCACACAAUUAGACAUACGUGAACAUAUAUGUGCAGACGAGCGAAUAUGGAGAGCAUUGGAAAUAUUUGAAGUAGCGAGAGAACGGAGAGCGGCAGAAAUGCAAUGGAAUGUUAUGAAUGAUGACACGGCACCAUUCUUUUUUUCCUAUGUUUCACCUAAUUUUAUUUUGAAGGAUACAAAUUAUUGGAUGAGUCAGUUUCUUCGUAUGUGUGAAAUCGACUGGCCGUGUAGAUCAAACGCUAUCUGCUCGGCAGCUUGGUCUCUUGUUGCAAAAGAUGCUAAAAAAACAGAGCACCCACAGUAUGCAAUCACUUACUUCAAACUGUUGCGUGAAAAAGAACGAAGUCAGACUCAGUUUCUUGACAACGGUAUAUCAGGACAUCCGACAUAUAGAAAAGUUUCUACAAUCGUGUUCUCAAAAGUUGAUAGGACUAAAAUGACACCAAACGAGAGAUCACGAAAGAAACAGAAGAGGUAUAUGACUCCAGAACGAGUUGGGAAACCCAACAAGCCGAGAGGUGGUGAUCACAAAUCGAAAGAGUUUUUGAUCAGAACUGGCAGAGUGAUUUCUUCAGAUUCCGAAGAAACACAGAUCAAGAACCAGAUCAAGAAACAAGACAGUGAUGACGAACCGGGAACAUCUGAACCAUUAAAACGAGAAGAAAACGAAUAUUCGGAGCAUGUUAAUUUCGAUGACACAAAAUCUCAUUGGCCUGAUUUGAGCCCGUCAUCUCAUCUCGCAGGAAACGCUUCGUCCACUGUAUAUCCACAAUAUCGAGAAGUCAAAGUGGAAGGAAACCUCACAAUGACGUGUUUAUAG